AAAAGAGGUAUCUCUCCCUUUCAAGAUGAAAACACAUUAUGAUUUUGAAGUUAUGUGCUCCUGCAGAGGGUUUGUUCUCUUACACCGAGCCCCGCAUUUUUUUAUCGUAUGGAACCCAGUGAUUGGAUCCAGCAUAAGAGUUUCCUACUCUCACAUUGUUUCUCGAUAUAAUUACCAGAGCUUUAUGCCCCUUAGUUCGUGUUUGUAUGGAUUUGGUUAUGACGCUUCCCAGGAUGACUACUUAGUUGUUGUAGCUUCUGUGGAUAAGAAUGGCCAAGAGCACUUUGAUUGCUUAUCUUUGAGAACCAAUUCAUGGAUUAAUCUUGAUUCUGCAUUCUCCAAACCCUUGGGUAUGAGCAACUGGGAAUCUUGUGGGUUCUUCUUGAAUGGCGCUAUUCAUUGGUCGUCCCGCACUCUUAGUGUUAGAGAUUAUAGUAUUCUUAAUAUUUGAUUUGAAGGAAAGAAGUUUCUCAACAAUAUCUAUGCCUGAACAAGUGAUGGGUUAUCACGAUCCCACUCAUCUCGGCCUAUUAGGAGGGUGCCUGGCCUUGUAUUGUUAUAGAUGCGAAGGCGAUAAAACUAACAUAUGGGUAAUGAAAGAAUACAAAGUGCAUUCAUCUUGGACUUUCUAUGAGAUUUCUCGUGGACCGUUUGUGCCUCUCUGCUCAUCCAAUGAAAGUGACAUUGUUGCAUUAUAUGAGUCUAGUUCAACUCUCAGCUUAAAUUUUGCCAAAUAUAAUACCAGAGGAGAGCUCCUCCAACACAAGUAUUUUGAUUAUCCUCAUCUCGAACAUUUUAAAUAUCGUUAUCAUCAGUGGUCUAAGUACGGCACAAGCUACACUGUAUACACAGAGAGUCUCGUGCCGGUCCCUAGUGAGAUUAAGGAUAAGGAUAAGGAUAAGAAGAAGAAGAAAAAUGGCCAUCAGAAUAAGAAGAACGAUGUCAAACAAGGAAAGAGAACUAGGAGUGAAUGACUCAACAACAGAGACACUUAAUUAUGUUGUAAACAAAGUGUAGGAUUGGCAAGUUCAGCUGGAAGAAGCUUCUAGAGAAUUUUGUUUUAUUUUGCUUUUGCAUUAAAGUAUGAUUUCCCUUUCAACUAUGAAUGCGAAAAACUGGAACAUUUGAAAGUGCAGAUAGAGUUUCCUCUAGUUAA